AUGGAACCCACUUCCGCCGCCCCGCGUGGGGGCAAAUUGAAGAGCGCCUGUGAUUUAUGCCGUACCCGAAAGAUUCGCUGUGAUAGAGUCCAGCCUGCCUGUGAGAAUUGUCAUCUUGCGGGGCUACCCUGCACUUUCACCCCGCCACCGACACAGCGGAAGGGCAUUAAACAGGAGCUCGCUGACUCUCAAGCACGGGUCGAAGAGCUAGAAGCAGCUCUACGUGCAGCCCGAGAGUCCACGGGCCACAGUGAAAAUCUCAUAUCAGGACCUCUAGUCAGAAGCUUUCCAUCAACCCCUGAGAGCCUCGCUGUACAACCACCCCCCAAUGUGAAUUUUGUACCCGACACGCAUUUUCUUGACGCUGCAUUGGCGGCGUUUCGGUGGCAUCUCGAAUAUUGUGGGCUUGGAAGCGCCCUUUCAACCACCAGAGCAGCCUUUUCUUCUGAGAUUCAGCGGCGCACGGGGUGUCCGUUUGAUUUGGACGAUUUCAUCUCUGAUUUAGUUGAAUCUUUUCACUCGCGAGGUCUCAAGUCAACCAGGUUGACAACUACUGCAAAAUGGCCACCGGUAUCACUGGUUCAGCAAUGCGUCAAAUACUACGCAAAAAGUGGACUGUACUCUCUUUUCCCGUUUGCAGAUGCCGAUGCGCUGCAGAUGCUUCUUGACGCUGGCGUCUUGAGCCACCCGCAGUCGACUCGCGCUGCUAAUCGAGCAUGUCUGAUUGCCUUUACCGCGAAUAUCACCCAAAUGCAUCGCCAUGACCCAGCCUUUUCGGAUGCUGAGCCAGACGCCUAUGCUCAGGCGGCUCUUUCUCUACUCCCGGAGGUUCUCAUGGAGACCCCCGACCUAAGGACUCUAGAGGCCGUCAAGAUGAUGGCCGUCUAUAUCUGUCCCCUCGGCCAACCUCAGUCAGCAGAGCCCUUACUGGGAAUUGCCGUGCAAGUGCUCUACAACUUGGGUGGGCACAAAGUCAGAGCCUCUCCCGAAUUUCAGGGACGCCCUCAACAUAACCAGCAUUUACGCGCACUGUUCUGGCUUUGUUACGGCAUGGAUAAAGAAUUCUCCAUACGCAAGGGCCAGCCUCCGCUAUUAAAUGACGCCGAUUGCGACCUAGAUCUACCUGCAAAAUACGUCCUAAAACCCUCUGAAAACCACUUCUACUUUAAGCCAUUGUCAUCUAAGGAGCUUCUAUAUCCAUCAGAUCUUCGCUUCGGCUUGUUGAAAACAAAGAUCUUUCGACUCCUUUAUUCACGAGAAGGACAGGCACAUUCUGAAGCCAGGCGUCUUCAACUCAUCCGUGAAUUGGAUGACGAACUGAGCGCUUUGAAGAUGGAAUACCCCGUGGAGUGUCGACCGGAUGCUUUUGCAACUCGGAGCGCCCCUGACUACCUGUUCCAUGACCUGAGUAUCCGCGGUGUAAGUAUUCAUUUGGAGUACUACUACUGUCUCGGCAAGAUUCAUGGAGCAAGUGAUUUCCACAACAUUCCCACAAUGCAAAGCUGGUCACCACUCCCCUCCAGCGCUGAGAUCUGCUACGAGGCAGCGCGAUCUACGCUGAUUUACAUGACCCGCGUUCAGCAUUACGUUAAUUAUCAUACCUUUUGGAUCCAUGCGCAAUUCAUACUAACAGCUACCAUCACGCUCUUCCGCUUUCUGAUCAUGAUGCCCCAUGCCUCAACGUUUACUCGUGACAUUCAAAUACUCGAGGAUGUGGCAGCCAUCUUUGCACAGUACAGCACAGGUGGCAAAGAUGGAAAUUGUUUCCCGCCAUUCUACCUAACCUAUUACUUCAUUCAAAAGCUCAUAUUUCUAGCAAAACGAUCUCUCUCUAGAUCCAUGGAACGUCAAGAGAAGUGCUGA